AUGGAUUCAGUUCCAAGCAAGGCUUUGCUGCUAGUUCAGCUCUUGCUCCUACUCAGCUACUUCCAAGAAGCCUCCUGUGGUCCCCCCGGCUGGAUGGUUAUUUCUCCAGCCCACCCACCUGUUCACCCGCCAUCUCCCCACCACAGUCACCCCCUGAUCCCCGUACCUUCUCAUGCUCCCUACCAUCCCCGGGCUCCGCCUGUCCACCCGCCAGUUAAACCGCCAUCCCACUACCCUCCUUCUUCGAGGAGCUUAAUAGCCGUUCAAGGUGUUGUUUAUUGCAAGUCCUGCAAAGACACCCUCUACGGCUCUAAACCCAUUUUUGGUGCCCAAGUGAAGCUCCUGUGCAAGAACACCAAGUACUCAGCAUCAGCGACUGCGACGACUGACAAGAACGGCUACUUCUUCAUCCAAGCACCCAAGACCGUCACGAGCUUCCCCUUCCACAAGUGCAAGGUCUAUUUAGUCUCAUCUUCAAUCUCCUCAUGCAGUCAGCCAUCUAAUCUCAACAGCGGAUUCACCGGCGCCUUCUUGAGGUGGGAGAAGCCUUCCUCAAUCAAGCUCCCGUUCAGCCUCUACUCGGUCGGACCUUUUGCGUUCGAGCCCAAGUGCAGAGCCCCAGGACCCAAGUGAACUCCCCAUCGUGUGUCUUCCUAGCUUCUAUUGGCGUUGAGUGUUACCGUGGUUCCAGUUGCAUGAGAGAAAAGGUCGUACUUGUGCCUUAAUGUAUUUGUUAGUCGGUUUA